AUGCCAUUUGGACAAAUUAUUGUAGGCCCUCCAGGUUCAGGAAAGACGACUUAUUGUUGGGGUGCAUAUCAAUACCUGACAGCAAUGGGGAGAAAGGUCGCGAUUGUCAAUCUUGAUCCUGCCAAUGAUCACAUUCCUUAUCCCUGCGCAGUUAACAUUGCCGAUCUGAUUACCUUGGAAGACACAAUGAAAGACCUUGAAUUAGGGCCCAAUGGAGGAAUCAUGUUUUGUCUUGAAUAUCUCUUGAAGAAUCUCGAUUGGCUUGUUGAGCAAUUGAAACCAAUCAAAGAUCAUUAUAUUCUAUUUGAUUUUCCUGGUCAAGUAGAACUUUUCACCCACCACACAGCUGUCAAGGACAUUUUGGCUAAAUUAGAAAAGCUGGACUAUAGACUGGUGGCUGUUCAUAUGGUAGAUGCUCACUAUUGCACAGACCCUGCAAAGUAUAUUUCGGUCCUACUCUUGUCACUCAAGACCAUGGUGAUGCUGGAACUUCCUCACGUCAAUGUUCUGUCAAAGAUUGAUCUUAUUGAAUCCUACGGAAAACUUAGGUUCAAUCUUGAAUAUUACACUGAUGUCAUGAACUUGUCGUACCUGUUGGAGUCUCUAAACGAAGACCCGUUUGGAUCAAAGUUUAAGGCUCUCAACCGGGCACUAUGUGAUCUGAUCGAAGACUUCUCACUAGUCGGCUUUUACACUCUUUGUGUCGAGGACAAGGGAUCGAUGAUGAAACUGCAGCAGGUGAUCGACAAGGCCGGUGGAUUUGUGUUCGGUGGUCUGACAGAAGGAAAUGAAUCGAUCAUGCUGACGGCCAUGCAGGCAGGCUACCACGAAGACGUCAGAGAUAUUCAAGAAAGGUGGAUAGACCAAGCUUAUGAUAUGGACAAUAGCCCUGAUGAUCGUUAA